GCCCAGGGUAAUGCUCAGAACGGGGCUGGCGGCGUCAGCGUCUGGGACGCAGAGUCGCGGGGAGGAGGACCCGGAACCGCCGCGGCGUUCGAGUCGCUGAGCGGCGCGCCGGCCUGCAGCCGGCAGAGGCGCGCGCGGGGCUGUGGGGCUGUUGCGGCCGGCGAGGUCGCGGGCGGAGGCUGGAGGUUCGGCGCGGCGGCGACGGUGAGCGCGCCCUGCCCGUGGCGGCGGCCGUGUCUCCCGGGAGAUGCUGUGACGGACCCGCGCGGGAGGAGCUCGCGCCCGGCCUCGCGCCCCCCGCACUCGGCCGCCCGCCCUGCGCAGAGUGGCUGUUUCCACCAGCAGCGAAGGAGAGUUCCUGUUGCUUCUCACCCUCACCAACAUUUGGUGGUGUCAGUGUUCCGGAUUUGGGCCCUUCUAAAAGUGAAAGCAUGCGAGGCUUAACGGCGCAAGUGACGGCCCUCCUGCGCUUGCCGGAGGUGACGGUGCAAGCCUGUGCGGAAGACGGCAGGACGUCAGAAUGUGUGCUUCGUGGAAGGCUCACUCCAGGGAGAAAUGCACUUGCUUGCCUGGCUUGUGGUCCACAGCUCGAGGUAGUGAACUUUCUAACAGGAGCGCGGCUGUCUGCGUAUCGAUUCAGUGGAGCGAAUCACCAGCCUCCCAUAGUCCUGGCUAUGAAGGAAUUCUCCUGGCAGAAGAGAACUGGGUUGUUAAUCGGACUCGAGGAAGCAGAAGGGAGUGUUCUCUGUCUGUACGACCUUGGCGUGUCCAGAGUAGUGAAAGCUGUUGUUCUUCCUGGAAGGGUGACCGCCAUCGAGCCUGUCAUCAACCACGGCGGCGCCAGUGCAAGCACCCAGCACCUGCACCCCAGCCUGCGGUGGCUUUUCGGUGUGGCGGCCGUGGUGACUGAUAUCGGGCACAUCCUCCUCAUUGACCUGUGCUUGGAUGACUUGUCGUGCGGCCAGAAUGAAGUGGAAGCAUCAGACCUCGAAGUUGUCACUGGCAUUCCGGCCGAGGUGCCGCACAUCAGAGAGACUGUGACGCGGGCAGGGCGCCACCUGUGUUUCCAGCUCACCAGCCCGUCGGGGACGGCCGUGUCGGUGCUCUGUUACAUCAGCAGGACUAACCAGCUGGCCGUGGGCUUUUCUGACGGCUACCUAGCUCUGUGGAAUAUGAAAAGCAUGAAAAGAGAGUACUAUACCCAGUUGGAAGGUGGAAGAGUCCCUGUGUACGCUCUCACUUUUCAAGAACCGGAGAAUGACCCUCGUAAUUGCUGUUACCUGUGGGCCGUUCAGUCUACACAGGAUAGUGAAGGGGAUGUUUUGAGUUUACACCUACUUCAGCUGGCCUUCGGUGAUAGAAAGUGUUUGGCAUCAGGACAGAUCUUGUAUGAGGGGUUAGAGUACUGUGAAGAAAGAUACACACUGGACCUCACAGGUGGCAUGUUUCCCCUGAGGGGACAGACUAGUAAUACCAAGCUGUUGGGAUGCCAGAGUAUAGAGAAAUUUCGAUAUCAUGGCGACAGAGAGGAAGCGCUGUCUCCUGACACUAGUGUUUCAGUAUUUACCUGGCAGGUGAAUGUAUACGGACAAGGAAAGCCUUCUGUGUAUUUGGGACUUUUUGACAUAAAUCGUUGGUAUCAUGCUCAAAUGCCAGAUUCGUUAAGAUCAGGAGAGUAUCUGCAUAAUUGCCCUUAUUUUGCAUUGUGGUCUCUGGAUUCUGUCGUGAGUAAGACGUUCCCCCAUUACAUCCUGGAUGUGCUGGUGCACGAGAGAAGCUUGAGUCGAGGAGUGCCUCCUUCCUUUCCACCUCCUGAGCAGUUUUUUAGCCCAAGUACUUACAAUUUUGAUGCCACUUGUUUAUUAAACUCAGGAAUUGUUCGUAUAACUUGUAAUGGCUUUCACAAGGAGACUUUGACUUUUUUAAAGAAAUCAGGACCGUCUCUCAGUGAAUUCAUACCUGAUGGUUAUAAUCGUUGUCUAAUGGCUGGUCUUCUGUCCCCGAGACUCGCUGAUAUUCAGCCUUCCAACUUAACUCAGGAAGAACAGUUAGAAGCUAUAUUGUCGGCAGCAAUCCAUACGAGUUCCCUGGGACUUUUGACUGGAUGCAUCAACAAGUGGAUAGCAGAAGAACAACCAAAUUCUGCUGCUAAUCUGCGCUUUGUUCUUGAAUGGACCUGGAAUAAAGUGAUUUUCACAAAAGAGGAAUUUGACAGACUGUGUACACCAUUGUUUGAUGGCUCGUGUCGCUUCAUCGAUACGCAAACCAUACAGUCCCUUCGGCAGUGCUGCUUGCUUCUUAGCAACCUCAAUUCCGUCUUAAACUGUUUCGUGAGGGAGGCCCAAGACAUCACUGAGAGAGGCCUUAAGGACCUCCACAGGAAGUGCCUGGUGACCAGCCUCAUCUGCCGCUACACACAAGUGGUGCUGUGGUUCUGUCGCUCGGGGCUGCUGCCAGAGGGCUCAGACGAUGCCACGCCCCUGCCCCGCCUGUGCUACAACUACCCCGUCAUCCAGAACUACUACAACAGCCGUCGACAGAAGUGUGAGCGUCUGUCCAGAGGGAAGUGGAAUCCUGAUUACUUGAUGAUCGACGGGUUGGUUUCUCAGCUGGGAGAUGGUGUAGAGAAACUGUGGAAACGGGAUGAAGGAGGCACAGGAAAAUACCCCCCCAGCAGUCUACACGCACUACUGGACAUAUACCUACUAGACGAUGUGACAGAAGCAAGCAAACACGCCAUCACCAUUUAUUUGUUACUUGAUAUCAUGUAUUCCUUCCCAAACAAAACAGAUGCUUGCAUUGAAUCAUUUCCGACUGCCUUUGCCAUUUCAUGGGGCCAGGUUAAACUUAUCCAAGGGUUUUGGCUGAUAGAUCAUAAUGAUUAUGGGAGCGGCUUGGAUCUCCUGUUUCACCCAAGCACUGCAAAACCUGUGUCAUGGCAGCAUUCGAAGAUUAUUCAAGCCUUUAUGAGUCAGGGCGAGCACAGACAGGCCCUCAGGUACAUCCAGACCAUGAAGCCCACGGUGUCCAGUGUCGACGACGUCCUCCUUCACCUCACUGUUCUGCUUUCUAACAGGUACGUGGUGGAGGCGUGGGCUUUCCUGCGACAGCACUCCACUGGCCUGAACGUGGAGGACCUCCUGAGGCACACAUAUGAGGUCUGCCAGGAGACGGGGCUCAUGGAGGACUUGCUGCAGCUGCCCUUCACAGACACCGAGCAGGAGUGCUUGGUGAGGUUUCUGCAGUCCAGCCCCAAUGUUCGAAAUCAGGAAUUCCUUCUAGUUCACUAUUUGCAGCGUGCCAAUUACGCCUCUGCCCUGAGGCUGAACCAAACUCUGAAGGCCAACCUCACGAAUGAUCGUGACCCUCUUCUGCGAGAGAGAUCAGAGGUUCGGAAUGCGAUAAUAGACCAAUAUGGGAAAGUCCUUCCUAAAAUCCAGCGGAAAUUAGCCUUUGAGCAAGCUAAGCCUUACCAUCUGUCCACAUCACCAGUGCUUCAAGAAGUUUCUAGACCCAAACCAUUGUCCACUGUUACCAAGCAGACCAGAACAGGGACUGUGUUAACAAGAUCUACGUUCAUCAGCAGCGUGUUGUCUAAAAUCGGAGAGGUCUGGGAGAACAGUGACCCUGCGGACGGCCCGUCAGCCUGCAGCAGUCCUAAACCAGAAGGACCUUCUCCUUCUAUCUCACAUGCAAAAAUGCCUGAGGCAUUUGUUGGAACACCAAUUUUAAAAGCAUCACAAAAAGUUUCUAGACCACUGGAUUUGGUCGUCCAUCCUGUGCCCCAGCCUCCUCAGCGUUUGAGAUUCACUCAGCAAACCCCCCCACAGUCUCCUUUGUACCAAGCGUCCAGUUCACUACAAUCAAGAUCCCAGCAGAAAGGAUCGCGUCAGAGCUCUCCCAGGGCUUCAGAAUUCCGCAUACUUGAAACUCCGUUUGUCGUGAAGAAAGCUAAAACUCUGGCCAUGUCCAUCACUUCCUCUGGGUUUGCCGAGUUCACUCCUCAGUCCAUCUUAAGGUCUGGUCUUCGAACAUCACCAUUACCGUCUCCAUCUCUAUCACCUGGAAGGUCCCUUACCCCUCCUUUGCGACUUAAAGAAACUAGAAUUUCAUUCAUGGAAGAAGGCAUUGCCACAAAACGGACUGCUGAAGGUGCAAAUGAGAGCAAAACAAAACUAUCCUUUACUACCCCUUUCCAUAAAUGCGGAGCCCCGGAGGAAAGCAGAUGGCUAAGGAGCAGAGACAAGAUGGCAGCCUUUGCCCUGAACAGUCCUGAAAAGGACGAUCAAGAAUCAGACCUGAGAUCAGAGGACGCAGCUUCACAGAGUUUGGAGAAACUGGACGUGAGCAAAGAAAGUAGCGGAACUUCAACCAGGUCGGACCAGACCACCUUGGAGUACCAGGAUGCGCCGUCCCCGGGAGACUUGGAAGAUCUUUCCGUGGCCUCAAAGCCGGCGAGCUCUUCCACAGAACUAAUUACUAAUGUAACUGAACAGGCUGAGAAGGACGGUGAUACAGAAGUUCUUGAAUCAGAAGUAACUCCUCCAGACCUGGAGAAACAGAUGGGCCCUUUGGAAGAGGUGGCUGCAGAGGCGGAACUUGCAGAACUCAGUCAUGCGGAACUUGCAGAACUCAGUCACUCGAGCCCCGUUCAAGGAGUCGAAGCUUCGCUCUAUGUACCAGCAGCCCAUGAAGGGAAAGUCCUCACCUGGAAUUUGGGGGUGCCAGUUCUGGACGAAGGAGUAGUGUCGGUGGAGGCCUGCACCUCUUCACUCGGAGCAGGUAACCGAAGCGGAGCAGGUAACCGAAGCGGAGCAGCUGCGGCCGAUGUCCGUGGUGACCCUGGGGACCUGGGGCUUAUUGUCUCCAAAAGUCCUGUUACCUCUGAUCAUAAGUCUGACCGAGAGAUAGCACUGACCUUAAAAGAUCAUGAAGUAGCAGCUGAUGUACUGAAAGCAGGUGUUGACUUAGCAGAAGAAAAGCCUCCUGUCUCUGACAGCCCUCCGGAUACUCAAGAAAUUCAUGCGAUUGAACAUGAAAAGCUUGGAGUUCAAGGUUCAGGACGCGAGGCUAGCAAUCUUUCAUUCACUGAGUUGUAUCCCUCAGGGACACUUAAGCUCCAGUAUAAUUUUGAUACCAUUGAGCAGCAGUUCUGUGACUUACCUGAUAACAAAGACUCCGCUGAGUGUGAUAUUGCCGAAGUAGACGGGGAGCUUUUUGGGGCUCAGAGCAACUUUACCUUGAUCCUGGAAGGUGAAGAAGGAGAGUUUGAGGCAGGUGGUUCUGCAGCAUCCAGUGUGUCAGCCAAGGCAGCGAACAUGGCAGCGGAGGAGAACCACGCAUGCGGCGGGGAGGACAGUGGUCACGGACGCGCCGCAGGUUCCCCGUCCAUCACCGCGAGUGACCAGGAGUCCCAGAAGAUAGAGACGUUACCAUAUGUGCCUGAACCAAUUCAAGUUGCAAUUGCAGAAAACUUACUAGAUGUGAUUAAAGACACAAGAAGUAAAGAAAUUACUUCCGGUACAGUGGACCCAUCGUCCAUUCAUGAAAACAUACCUUUAAUAAGCCAGAAGCUAGUCUGCCCCAGCAAAGUAGGCAGAUCUACAUUGAAGACUGUUCAGGAAACGAGUACAGUGACUGUAAACGUGAGCCAGGUGCGGGACAUGGUCUCGUCCAGAACGCGCGGGAGAGGACAGCGCAUCCCAGACCUGAACGGCACUCCAGCUCAACAGGAGGAGCCCGAGGCUGCUGCCACCCCCGACGCCCUGGGGCUUUCAGGCGGGAGGCGAGCAAGGAGGACAAAAGACCUCGUGGGGGCGUCUCAGAACCGGCAGAUACCUCCAGAUUCUGGUACUCCUCGGGGAGGACGGAAGAGAAAGGAAGAUCCUCAACGCACAUUAGAAAGUGAUGCUCCGACGGCACAGGAGCACCCGGCCCCCGCAGACGGCAGGCUCGGGACGUUCAAGUCCUCUCCACUGCGGGCACCGGCAGCUAAAGAAACCAAGCUUUCAUCUGUCACCAAAAAGACCCCUAGAAGAAUUAAAAAAGCAGUGGAAAAUGAAGACAGUGCUGAAAUGGUAGAUCUAGAUAUCGAAGUUAGUAAAGUAGCACGUUCUGGUGGAAGCACCAGAAAACUGAGAAGUGCUAAAAUCGGGGCUUCCGAAAAUACGGGGUAUAAGCAAGGUGGCAAAAACAAGCUUUCACCUGUCACCAAAAAGACCCCAAGAAGAAGUAAAAAAGCAGUGGAUAAUGCUGACAGCAUGGAGAUGGUGGUAGAUCAAGAUGGGAACGCUAGUAAAGCAGCACAUUCUGGCAGAAGCACCAGAAAACUGAGAAGUGCUAACGCAGGAGCUUCUGGAAGUGUAGGACGCAAACCAGAUCCCAUGCAAGUUGACGAGGCAGCACUUGUCCAGCAGGACAGAAGGGCUAAGAGACAAUUCAGCACACUGGGUGUUCCAGAAGACUCCCAACUUGACGCAUCCCAGGUGGCGCUUGAGGCCGAAUCAGAUCAGCCUAGGAAACGAGGUCGACCGAGGAAAAAUCCACCUGAAGAUGUGGGCUCCAAGGCCACCAAGGAGGUAAGGAGUCCCAAGAAGACACAGACCCCCGGCCGCCAGAGGAGGGCCGCCAGGAGCACCCCGGCCAGGAGCGGCGAGGCUGACGCGGGGAAGCCAGCUGUGCCGAGGUCCGUUCUGGCGCCAGCUGAGGAGCUCACCGCCGAGACCAGCGAGGAGAGAAGGCUUACAAAAAGGACCGAAAAUCAAAGCCGCACACGUGCAUUACGCUCAAUAUCGGAAAAAGACACCGACAAAGACCUGAAAGAACGUGGUGACCCGGAAGCCAAAGGGCCUGCGCGUGGCAGGAGGAGGACCAGGGUCUCGCCCCCCGACCUCCCGGAGCCGGAAGUGGAGUUCGUCUUCUCCCCUCCAGUGUCCAAGGCUCCACGGAAGGAGAAAGCUAAAAAGAUAGAGGCUCCAGCACAGCUGCAAGAAUUAGUUUCAGAUUUAUCUCCUCAGUUUGUCUUCUCACCACCUACUUUACGGACCAGGCAGAAAAAUGCAUCCAAUACAUCAAGACUCGGAGACGAACUGAAAGAUCACACCCAAUCAACAGAAACUGUGGGAAAGCAAAAAGCGAAAACACCCCGGACCACAAAGACCAGACAGGCAAGCAGAAACAAAGAAGAAGACCCUUGGUCACCUCCUCCUGUGAAGAUCAGGCUGGUUUCUCCUCUGGGAAGCCCGGCAGAUGACGUAAAGAACAAGCCUCGAAGGGCUCCCGCAGUACCGGCCAGAGGUCUGGGAAGGAGCAGGAAGAAACUGUCUUCCUUUCCAAAGCAAGUUUUACGCAGAAAACUGCUGUAAUUUUUGUUCAAGUUUUUAAUGUACACCAAUUUCUAAGAGUCAUCAAACUUGUGUGGAUUAUUAAAAAUUACCUAAUUUAGAAGAAAAGGAUUUGUAUAAGUUACUGUAAAUUUUUGUAGACAGAGGCUCUUCAGUAGGCAAAGUAACUCCAUAAGGAGUGUGAAUCUUUUAGUCCAGGCAGUUUUUUCUAUUUUAUAUUAAGACUUCAUACAUUUAUACAGGAUGUAAAUAUGGCUUAUUAUUGGAAUGUUAAAUAAAGUGUAUACUUCACAGUAGUUUGUGUCUGUUAGAUUUUUGAGAGGUGAUUUCUGUUUUAAUACUGAUUUUCUAAUGCCGCUAGGCGCUGGUGCCCUGGCUUCCUCUACAGUUGAUGGCGGUGGGCCAGUCUUAAAAUCAGGACGAUUGAAGAACUGUCGAUUCUUUUUCAAAGUUGCUGUUUUAUAAUUUAUGCACUUUGCUUCUAUGAUUGAGAUUUCUAAUCAAAAAAUGUAUUUUUUUUUGGCUUGUUAUUACUAUGUUGAAAUCGAAUUAUGGGCAUGUAAUUCUGCCGCGUUUUGUAGUCUAACAAAUUUUGUAUAUUCUACCUCAACUGAGCGAUUUUCCAAGUAAUGCAUCGGUUCAAUACGACGUUGGCAUUCCUUGUUCAGCAAGCUUCAAGGCUAUUUGUAUGGUCUCUUAAUUAUUCAGAGACUAAUUAUCCAGGUUAGACCGACCGGUUCACUGCUCACUAGCAACUUCUCGGAAAGGGUUGAGAAGGGGGGAACUUGAGACAAGUCCGUUUCAUGGCCCUUGGGCACGCCUUGUGUGUGCUCACUGUGGAUAGAAUGACAAGUCUGAACAAAUUUUUUUUACGACAUUCUCGCUGUGAAGGAGAUUGCUAUUAAAUUACAGAAGUCCCUUACCAUUCAGGUUUUUAAACGGACACAUAUUCCUAGGACCUCAGGCACAGACUAUUGAGGACGGGCAAAGAGCCUAAGUAGAGGUGGGGAAGGGGUGGGAGGAAGAACCAGGACACUGUCCUCUGGGAUGACUGUGUGCAAUGAAGUGGGGAUGCUUGACGUGGGCUAUGACACUCAUCAAUAAGUAAGUGUUGUAAAAUAAUUUAUAACAGGCCACUGAUCGUGUGUAAUGAAUGGACCAUGAAUAAUUGAUUGUCUAGAAACAAACUGCUUUCGUUGGCUCAGCUUUUAACAUUUCAGCGUGAAGCACAGUGGUGCACUUUCUACCUUAUUUUUCUACCAAAUAACUGACACGAGCGACGGGAACCUGGUGAAGAUACCUGUGCCAAGUAUGGACAGUGUGACCGUCGCAGUGCGUGUGCGGCCUUUCAGUCAGGUCAGUGAUGGAUGGCCCAUCGCCUUGUUGACAUUUUGACUAUGACUCGUUUUAUUAACUUUCUAAUGACAGUGAUCAAAUGUGUAAGCUGCUUGUCAUUUAUGGAAGAUUUAAAUGAACUUGUUUAAAUGAGUAAAGAUCUGAACAUAACUUAGUAAACACGCAAUUUCAUUCCUCUGCACAAGUAGCUCAAUAAAAAAUUGAUGAGAGAAACAUA